GCAAGUGGGAAGGGGGACCCAGCUCAGGACAGGGAGGCCCUGCUCGCAGGUCCUGGGGUCCCGGUGGCGGCCCGAGCGCUCGGUGCGCAGGCAGCGGGCGGGUGGUCCCCACCCCCACCCGCGCGUGCGCGCCCGGCCCCUCCCUCCUCACCCUUCUCAGCUCCCGCGCGGCGGCGGCGGCGGUUCCUCUCCCCCUCCCCCCAGCCCUGGCUCCGGGGGACCCCGCGAUGCCGGUCCGCACCGAGUGUCCCCCGCCGGCCGGUGCCUCGGCUGCCUCCGCGGCCUCUCUCAUCCCGCCGCCGCCUAUCAACACCCAGCAGCCCGGCGUGGCCACCAGCUUGCUCUACAGCGGCUCCAAGUUCCGCGGCCACCAGAAGAGCAAGGGGAACUCAUACGACGUAGAGGUGGUGCUGCAGCAUGUGGACACGGGAAACUCUUACCUUUGUGGGUAUCUGAAGAUUAAAGGCCUUACUGAGGAGUAUCCAACCCUUACAACCUUUUUUGAAGGAGAAAUAAUCAGCAGAAAACAUCCUUUCUUAACUCGCAAGUGGGAUGCGGAUGAAGAUGUUGAUCGGAAGCACUGGGGCAAGUUUCUGGCUUUUUAUCAGUAUGCAAAAUCAUUUAAUUCAGAUGACUUUGACUAUGAAGAACUAAAGAAUGGGGAUUAUGUCUUCAUGAGGUGGAAGGAGCAGUUCUUGGUCCCAGACCAUACAAUCAAAGACAUCAGUGGUGCUUCCUUUGCCGGGUUCUAUUAUAUCUGCUUUCAGAAGUCAGCAGCCUCUAUAGAGGGCUACUACUACCAUCGGAGUUCAGAAUGGUAUCAGUCCCUCAACCUGACCCAUGUUCCUGAACACAGUGCACCCAUCUAUGAGUUCCGGUGACAGCGGUUCAGAACAGCAGCCAAAUAAAACUGACCUUGGCAACAAAGAGCUUUGCCACAGAAGUUGUAUACCUGCCAGAACCAGGAGAGAUGUGUUCCUGUUUCUUCACAAGCAGAUUUGCAUCAGAAAGCAUGAAUGUUAACCCACAGAAUCCAAGGAGCAUGGCUGACCGGAUCGGCAAGGCAGGCAGAGGGAGCUGUCGGCUCCCUCACUCCUCCCUCUCUGUGGCAAUGUGGUCAUCAUCUGUUUCUAAGCUACCUUAAAUGCACUUUCCUUCCUGCACAGCUAACUUCUGCAUCACUGAAAUGCCGUCCUUCCUCGGUCCACCUCCAGCCUAAUGGAAGGUCAGCUCCCAGGUCUCCUCAGCCUUGGUGCUCAGUGGUCCCCAUCCAGGUCCUGCUCCUCCCCCAGUUGCUUGUCCAGUAGCCGUAGGAAAGGCAGAGCCCCAGCACCUUUGUGCCCUAGAGCUCUGCGAGGAGCUGGCUGGCCCCAGCAUCUGCCGCCAAUGAAAUGAGGCGGAUCCUACUGGACCUCAUCGGCCUUUGGUUCUGGUUCCAAGGAUGCUUCGUGGGGUCAGUGGCACUGCUAAGCCCUGAACUGUAAGCAGCGUGAAGCUAGCAUGUGGCUGUCAGGUUCCUGGGCCUGCUUUUGGGGAUCACUAUAUGUAAGGCUUCCAGAUCCCCAGCAGGAACACAUCCCAAACCUGCUAACUCAGUAAGUUUGCUCCAAACUUUUGAAUAAGAGGGCAAUACAAAACUUAAAAAUAAGAGUUUUUUUAAUGACAAAAUUAUUUUUAUGGUCCCUUUAAAUGAGGACCCUAUGGGAAAUGCACAAUUAUUCAGAAUUACAUUUUAUCGUUUUCACAUUGAAAACAGCAAAUGUUGACUUAGUAAUUUUUAUAUCUAUAUAUAUAUGUAUAUUUAAUCAACCAGCAGUUUUAAAACAAGUCAUCUUGGUACAGAAGUUUUGCAGCACCGCAUAAAUUAAAGUGCUAAACACAAGAACUGUUUUGGGGGCCAGUUUAGCAUUUGUGCCUCCUCCUUUUGCUAUUCAAAACAGCCGUGCUUCAUGGUGACCUCAUGAGGCAGAAGGGGUCUUUGUUCUAAGAAAUAAUGACUCUGAAAUAUUGGGAUGAGGGGUGAACAUGCUCCUAUAACUUGAGGCUCACGUGCCAAAGUGUGUGUGUCUGCGUGCGUGUGUGUUUUGUUGUUUGUUUUUGUUUUUCUAAAUGUUUAAAAAAGCUAAAUGGGUUGGUAUUGGUUGUAGCCCACAGAAAUGGGCAAGGUUGUGGGGGCAGCGGAGAUUUGGCUUUUUUUUUUUUUUUUUUUUUUUUUUUUUGGUGGUUUACAAGGCUUAGUCUGAACGUAAAAGGAAAAGCUUUAAAAAAAAGAAAAAUCUAGCAUCAGGGCUAGAGGUGUAGCUCAGUGGUAGAGUGCUUGCCUAGCAUACUCAAACUCGAAGCCCUUGGGUUCAAGACCCAGCACCACAUACAAAAAGAAAAAGAAAAGGAAAAGAAAAAAAAAAAAGGAUGUUAGCAUUGCAAGUUACACAUCCAUGGGCCCCACAGAGAAAGCCUCUAGGAGGACAAGUGCUGGGGAUGUCUCCUACUCUUAAGUGACUUUCUUUUUAAUGACAUGUACUGUAUGUUAACUGAGACUGAAUGUUAGGGGAAGCCUUAAAGGAGCAGAAUUUGGGGAAGUAGCCAUGAGCACUUGUGACAUCUAGAAUUUAUAGUUCCAAGACCAAGUAAAGAUGUGUUGCAGUCAGGGCCUAGGAACCCUAAAAAGUACCCCCAGAGAGUGUUAUUCACACAUGAGAUGCCUAGCUAUUGAUUCAGUUAGACUGAGGGACGUCAUUGAAGAGCAAAGGAAGCCAUGGGCUUUGCUAGCUUUCCUCAUGUGGCACAUGAACCCCUCUGUCUCCUCUCUCUCUAGAGCUAGUAAACACAUGUGUUUGCAAGGUGCCUCAAUGAUGGCAGGCCUACCUAGAGCAGUGGAUUGAGGCUUGUGUGCAUGGUUCCGUGUGACACAUCAGUGAGCUAGAAGGGACACUGACAGAUGCUACUGGUGUUCUCUUGGAGACCAGGCAGGCCAGGCUCUGUCUGGGGCUGUUUGCAGCUUUCCUUUCAUAGCUAGGUAAUGAAGUGUGCAGAUGUAUUUGGAAAAAUGAAGUGAUACCUUUCCCAGACCCUCCAGACACCUCUGAAGAUUUGUUCACUUAGAAGUCUGCCAUUAGCACAGGGAUGAGACUGAGCACUUCUCAUAGUCACUCCCGAAUGAUCAACAUCAACUCUUUCUGUUCCUGAAGGACUUUUGGGGAAUCCUCUCCACCUGUAGAUCUUUCCUUAACCUCAGCAGUUUACAUGCCUCUGAUACUAUGUGCAAUAUUUCUGGUUGACACUUGUAUCCAUUGUUAAGAGAUUAGUGCAGAUCGCAGGUUUCCUACUGUCUUCCUCCACCCUAAACAAGCCUGCCACAAGGCGGGAUCCUAGGGAUUUGGCUGUUCUUUCCCCACUGCUCAGAGGCUUCCACUCCGCUGUCCCCAGCCUCCGCCCACCUGUCCCUUUAAAGGUUCUAUAGCGUUUCAGCUGCAGUCCAAAUGUAACUAGACAAUGCUUAAUGUCCAGGACAAAGUCAUUUCUGCUGGUUCCGUUGGCUGUGUUGAAGUCACAAACUCCAAGGGAGGCAAAGGGGUCUUUCAAUGUUUUGCUUUCAAAAGCAGGGAAUUUAUAUUCUCUCUAAGGCCUUGAAUUGAUUUUUUUCCUCAUAAAAUAGUCUGAUAAGCUAAUUUUUAAAAAGAAAUGCCAUUAAGUAUGUUGUAUUGUGGUUUAAAAUUACUAACGAGUUCUGGAAAGAAAAAAUAUUUGAUUUUGGAGCUUAAAUGUUCUUAAAAAUUAGACUUGAAUGGGCGCAAAGUAUGAAUAUUUUGUUUCUUUAUGGAGGACAUGUGGGAAGGGAUUUGGGAUGGGAGACAUAUUUUGCAGAGCUAUCAAUGUCCAAAUAAUUUUUAAAAAAUAAUAAAGGUAUUUAAGCAGUGUUUGUCCAAUUUCUAAAUCAGAACAGUCCUGUUAGUAGAAACC